GAGACAAUGAAGAGAAUUGAAGUUGAGAGCUCUCCAAAUAAAGGCUCUCCAUCAUCUUCUCUUGACACGGGCACUGAUCAUGAGAAACACUGAGAGACGAUCAAAAAUGCCUAGGCUUCGUUGGACACCUGAUCUUCAUCACUGCUUUGUGCAUGCAGUUGACAGGCUUGGUGGGGAGGAUCGGGCAACUCCAAAGAUGGUUCUGCAAAUCAUGGAUGUGGAGGACCUUACCAUAUCUCACGUAAAGAGCCACCUUCAGAUGUACAGGAGCAUGAAGCAUGAGCGGAUGAUCCAAGAAGCUGCUAUGGAAGCAAAGAAGAAUGGCAAGGAGCCUAGGAUGCAUCAUUCAAAUUAUCUCUCACAUACAAUGUGCUGCCAGCAGAAUCGUUUAAAUGGCAAGCGACUGAUCGAUAAUAAGGCACUUCUCUAUCAAGGUUGUGGAGUUCAUAAUCCUGCUGAUGGGCUUGCCCUAAAAAAUGCUAGCUUGACAUCUCAAAGGAGACAGAAGAAAGGGCAGUGGAUUGGAAAGAGAGUGAAAGAACCAUUCUUACAUGAAGAAAUAGCAAGCGAGGAGAGCGAGCAGAAACCUGAUACUUACAUUAUCUUCAAUGAUCUACUCGAGAGCUGCGUUAGCAAAGAGACGAAUGACCAAGAUAAGAUGUCAGCAGGAGCCACAGGUUGCAAGAAAAGCCAUCAGAGUUUAGAGGAACUUACUGAGAUUGCACAGAGAAUAGAUGGUGACAGAACGUCUUUAUCCCUAAACUUAAAUGUUUCCAAGCCCCUUUUGAAGCUUAGCAAAGCAAAGAAUAGUUCAGAUGCUAGGAAGCUAGCAAUGAGCAAGAUGGGUGCGCUUCAUGGGGAAAAGACAUCCAACUCUAAUUAUCUCCCUGGUUAUGACUUUGGAUCUGGAUCUGGUUUUGGUGGUGGAGCUGGUUUUGGUGGUGGAGCUGGAUGGUGGGGGCGGUGA